AUGGAAUACGAUGAGAGCAUUUACAAUUUAAUUCCAAAGGAACGUUACGAACCACCCAAGCCCAAGAGAUAUAAAUCUAGCCACCCUCAUCACGUACCACCUACUGGAAGCACUUUCUGUUUGAAGUCAACAUCCAAACCAGGUGUUGCUAACUUAAAUGGAGAAAUCUAACCUCAGGGAAGCAAUCAUACUAGCAAAGGGGCUGGUCUAACUUUUGGAAAGCCUAAAGGAGCUCUUAAGCCUGAUACCACUCUAUUCCAAAAGAAGGGCACAGGCACAAUGACACUGCCUUAAGCUACACAGUUCAAGUACAAUGAUGAUUCUAGAAGACCACCAGUUCCCAAGAAGGAUGAGAAGCCAAUCCAUGGAUUAGUUUCAGAUAAGAACUUCAUUGUCGCUAAUGCAGUUGAAAACAUUUUAGCUGCUCCUAAACUGCCAGCGAAUAGGGAUAAGGAUUACUUGAAAAAAAAGAAUUACGGGAAAACACCUGCAUUCCUUUAAAAGAUAAAGAAUGAAAUCAAAGAUGAGUAUCAGUUAGUAAGAGAAAUGCAAAUUGAAGAGGAAAAUGAAAGAGAUGAGCAGAAAUUCUUGCUUGAAGAUGAAGAAAGACAACAGUUGAUUGCGGCCUUGAAGAAAAAGUGGGAAGUUGUACAUAAAGAAUAUCAGUAGAUCACUCACAUUCAGAAGAUUGAUACUAUUGGGAAGAAAUCUAAGAAAGAGAGCUGCGAGAAGGAACUUGCCUAAUUAGAAAAGGAUAUUUAGAAAUUAUCGAAAAACUAUAUCUUCGUGGAUACUACUGCCAAUGGUGGGUUCUACUGA